AAGAUUACCCUCAUUCACGCUGACAAUUUCCUUUUUGAAAAGCUUUUGUGAUCUGGGCGGCACCCACUGAUAUUUUCAGCGAACCAGAAAAUUCAUGCUCCGCCUGUAUCUCUGAAUCUGUUCUCUAUAGUUAGGUGUCACGCAGGUUUGUUUACGCAUUAAACUCGUGGCCACGAGAAGAAAAAAAAAAAAAAAAAUUCACUCACGUACAGCGCUCUACAUGCACAUUAACAAGACUACGUUUAAUAAUGAAUUUAAUACACCGACCAUUAAUUCUAACAAUUUACAACAGAACACUUCUAUGGAUCAUAAUCUAUUUUUAGUAAAAGCAGUGGAAAUGAAGCUUCUCUAUAUGUUGCCAUGGCUCUGGUGUUUACUCGACAAUGAUGUGUCUGGCGUUUAUACAGAUGGAGUGUCAUUGUCAGUGAUGGAGGGAGAUCCAGUCACUCUGAACACUAGUGUUGAAACAAACCCACAAGACAAGAUUAGAUGGUCUUUUAAUAACAUUCGUUUAGCUGAAAUCACUGGAGAUCAGAGUUGGACCUGUACAGAUGAACAGUGUAAUAAUAGUGAUGGGAGAUUCAGAGACAGACUGAGUCUGGAUCAUCAAACUGGAUCUCUGACCAUCAAAAACACCAAAACCACAGACUCUGGAGUUUAUAAACUAAAGAUCAUGAAAAACACAAGAGACCAUGAAAAGAUCUUCAUCGUUUUUGUUAAUGGUUUUUUCAGUGUUGACACAGAAGAAGUAUCAUUGUUUGUGAUGGAGGGAGAUUCAGUAACUCUACAAACUGAUGUUGAAACAAAUCAACAAGAAAAGAUCAGAUGGUAUUUUAAUGACAUUCGUAUCGCUCAGAUUACUGGAGAUCAGACUAAUAUCUGUACAGAUGUUCAGUGUAAAAAUAGCACGGAGAGAUUCAGAGACAGACUGAAUCUAGAGAAUCAGACUGGAUCUCUGACCAUCAUGAACAUCAGAAUCACAGACACUGGAGUUUAUCGUCUACGGAUCAUUGGCAGCAGCAACAGCAGUGAAACGAUUUUCAUUGUUGCUGUAUAUGGUGUUCCUGCUGCAGAAAUAGAUAAAAUGAAGAGAAAGUCAGUGAAGGAGGGAGGAUCUCUUACUUUAGAUCCUGGUGUGACAAAAAACUCAAAUGAUUCAGUGACAUGGUAUUUUAAUGACAUUCUAAUUGCUGAAAUUACUGGAGAUCAGAGUAAGAUCUGUACAGGUGUUCAGUGUGAAGAUGCUGAUGAGAGAUUUAGAGACAGACUGAAACUAAAUCAUCAGACUGGAUCUCUGACCAUCAUGAACACCAGAACCACAGACUCUGGAGAUUAUAAACUACAGAUAAACAGCAUCAGAAUCAGCGUCAUGAAGAUAUUCAGUGUUAAUGUCACUGGGGCAUCAUUGUUAAUCCUCCUGGGCAUGGAAUUCACCAGAGAUGCACAGGCUGUUGCUGGGAUCCUUUUCCACUCCUCCAUAAUGACAUCACAGAGCUGUUGGAUGUUAGACACAUGGUGCUUCUCCACCAUCCGCUUGAGGAUGCCCCACAUGUGCUCAAUAGGGUUCGGGUCUGGAGACAUACUUGGCCACUCCAUCACAUUCACCUUCAUCAGCAAGGCAGUUGUCAUUUUGGUGGUGUGUUUGGGGUCGUUAUUAUGUUGGAAAACUGCCGUUCGGCCCAGUUUCUGAAGGGAGGGCAUCAUGUUCUGCUUCAGAAUGUCUCAGUACAUGUUGGAAUCCAUGUUUCCCUCAAUUAAUCACAGCUCCCCAGUACCAGCAGCACUCAUGCAGCCACAGACCAUGAUGCUACCACCACCAUGCUUGACUGUAGGCAAGACACAAUUUUCUUGGUACUCCUCACCAGGGCGUCACCACACAUGCUGGACACCAUCUGAGCCAAACAAGUUUACCUUAGACUCAUCAGACCACAGGACAUGGUUCCAUUAAUUCAUGCUCUUGGACAGGUUGUCUUCAGCAAACUGUUUGCGGGGUUUCUUGUGAGCCAGCUUCAGAAGAGGCUUCCUUCUGGGACGACAGCCAUGCAAAACGAUGUAUUGCAGUGUGCAGCGUAUGGUCUGAGUACUGACAAGUUGACCUUCCACUUCUGCAACCUCUAAAGCAAUGCUGGCAGCACUCAUGCAUCUGUUUUUUGAAGCCAGCUUUUGCACCUGACGCACAGCACGAGGACCUAACUUCUUUGAUCGACCCUUGCGAGGCCUGUUCCAAGUGGAACCGGUCUUGAAAAACCUCUUUAUGACACUGGCCACUGUACUGUAACUCAGUUUUAGGUUGUUACUGAUAUUCUUAAAGCCUACACCAUCUAUGUGGAGAGCAACAAUUCUAAUUCUCAGAUCCUCAGAGUUAUUUGCCAUGAGGUGCCAUGUUAAACCUCCAGUGAUCAGUAUGAGAGAAUUGUACUCAAAGCACCAAAUUGUAACUGCUCUAAUAUAAGAUACACAAAUUUGUAUAGUCCUGUCAAGCAGACAAAAACAUGAACAUGAUGAAUAGGACAUGUGGCUUUGCAUGGUUAAACAACGUAUAGCUGUUAUCACUUGGGUGUACUCACUUUUGAUGCCAGCUUUUUUGACAAUAAUGGCUGUAUGUUGAGUUAUUUUUAGAGGACAGUAAAUCUUUACUGCUAUACAAGUUGCACAUUGACUACUCUAAAAUAUAUCCAAGUUUCAUUUCUAUAGUAUUGUCCCUUGAGAAGAUAUACUAAAAUGGUUGCUGAAAUGUGAGGGGUGUAGUCACUUUUGUGAGAUACUGUGUGUGUGUGUGUGUGUGUGUGUGUGUGUGUGUGUGUAUAUAUAUAUAUAAAACACCGGUAAAUAUUUUGAUUGUGGGCUGUUAGAAAAAUUGAGCUUUGACUCCAUGCACUCAAAAAAAAAAAAAAGAAAAAAAAAGCAUUUAAACAAUUAAUUUUGAUUUAACACCAUUGUAUUAGGUUUCUUAGGUUUGCAUUGUGUUAAAAUGACUUGAAAUAGUUAUGCUUUAGUUCAGCUAAAUGUUUUCAUUUUGCAAGACCGUUUCAGUUAAGUUGGUCAAAAUGUAAUUUGGUGUUUGUGCAAUUUACUAAGUAAACCCAACACAAUUAUUUUCAACCACUUUACUUAAUGUAUUUGAGUUGAGACACAUUAAUGAUUUUAGUUGUCUUAAAGUAUCAUUAUAGAAAAUAGGAUCCACUUCCCAACAUGCUUUGCAUGGGGCUGGAUAGGGAUAGUAAAUUUGAAUUAAAAUGUUAUUUUAUGCAUAUUUUAUCAAGAUGAUACAAUGGGAAUACUCGUUAAUGUUUAAUGCUCUUUUAUGUUUGUAUUUAAAAGAGUUUCUGGUAUGUUAGUUUUUGGGGGGUUACCAUCAUGGUAAAGUGCGGAGCAUGUGCUUGGGUAGAGGACCUGCUAACACACACUAAAGUUUAAUUAAAAAGAUAUAUAUACAUUAUUUGGGGCAUGCCAUGAAUGUAACAACCAUCUUCUGAUUAACUCCUAACAAUAAGAGCUAUAUUUAGCUUGUUAAUAUGUGCUAUGAAUAGCAGCUGCAAAGAAAUAUCUUACCUUAAAAUAAAUCAAUUCAUUCAUGAACAGUGGUUCCACAUAAUGGAGACAUGUUAUCUCUACUCAAAAAGUUUAUUUAGGAUGAACUUGAUUGAUUCAAGUUAUUUGAACAUGGUUGUUUAAGUUUACUCAAUUCCAUUUAGUGUUCCAUUGAAUACUGUAUGUUGCUCUUUUACCUUAUCAUAUUGAUGACGAAAGUAGAAAGGUGUAAAUAUCAGUCUAGUUAUUAAUCAUU